UGGCAAGGGGUGACUCAUAUGGGGAUCUAUAAAACCGAAAGUGAUCAACUCUAAAACUACUUUCAUUUUCAAAUAGAAACCUUCUACAAUAUAUGACUGACUUUACCCAGUUAAUCUCUGAACUUCCCGACGAUCUGGCACUCGAGUGCUUGACUCGUUUUCACUACUCAACUCACCGAGUCUCUGCUCGAGUUUGCCGAUCAUGGAGACUUCUCUUCCAAAGCCCACAGUUCUACUAUCACAGGAAGCUCGCUGGUCAUACCCGUAAAGUAGCCUGCUUGGUCCAGGUACUCCCGGGUCGACCCGAAAGUCGACCCGAAUCGGACGGCCUCAAACAGGCGCCUCCACCUGCUUACGGCGUCUCGAUAUUUGACCCCGUGAGUGGCGAGUGGGACUGGGUCGAUCCGGUUCCGAAAUACCCACGUGGGUUACCCUUGUUCUGCCAGGUAUCGAGCUCGGAGGGGAAGCUCGUGGUCAUGGGAGGUUGGGACCCGGCGAGUUACGAACCGGUUAAGGACGUGUUUGUCUACGAUUUCACCUCUCGGGAGUGGAGGCAAGGGAAGGACAUGCCGGAAGCACGGUCGUUCUUCGCCGCUGGUGAAAUGGACGGUAGGAUAUUCGUCUCCGGAGGCCACGAUGAGAGCAAAAACGCGAUGUGUACGGCGUGCGUUUACGACGUAGGGAAGGAUGAGUGGACCGAGUUGAAUCACAUGAGUCAGGAGCGAGACGAAUGCGAAGGGCUGGUAAUCGGUUCCAAGUUCUGGGUUGUAAGCGGGUACCGAACCGAGAGCCAAGGUAACUUCGAAGCCAGUGCUGAGUGGUACGAUCCGGAGUCGGGGGAGUGGCGGCGAGUCGAGAACGUUUGGAAGACGACUCGGUGUCCGAGAUCAAAUAUUGGGGUGGGAAAAGAUGGGAAGUUGAUUUGCUGGGCUGAUUCUGUGUCGGAAGUCCGGGUCGGGGCGUGCGGAAUCGAGCUGGGCGGGCAGACUUAUGUAUCCGGAUCGGGUUGUCAAGGAGGGCCACAAGAGUUCUUUCUGGUUGAAAGGCAAAAUGGUAAAAUGAACAGGAUUGAGGUUCCUCAGGAGUUCCUGGGGUUCGUACAAUCAGGCUGCUGCGUGGAGGUUUGAUUAUAUAUCGAAUAUUAAAUAUGUAAAAUAUGAGUCCUUUUUGAUCGCGUGUUGUUGCUUUCCCAAAAAAGAAAGAAGAAUGCUAUAUGUAAUCUGUAAAUGGAAUAUUAGAGUUGUAUCUCUGUUGAACUUUUUUUUAUCAUCAGAAGCUAAAAAGAUGUUACCAUAUCAUGAAAUUCCACUUUUUUUCUUUCUUUCUAA